ACUAUAUUUUUACCCCGCAUUAUUUCAUUUCGGGGAUCUUUAUUAUCCACCCGCACAGUAGGUGGCGGAAUACACAUAUAAUUGUUGCGAACGCCAUUAUAUCAAAGAAGUAGAAGGAGAGCAAUCUUUGGUACCUGAUUGGUCACUACACUGACAAUACUUCCUGAAACAAUACAUGUUGCAACAGCAAGUAUACGUUUCAGUAGUUUAGGGUUCAAAUCAACUAAAGAAAUCACAAUGGAUGAUCGUGAGCUUGAUCUCACCGAGUCACAGAAAGCUACCAAGUCGAAAUACCCGGCGAUCAACAAGAAGUAUGAAUAUUUGGACCACACUGCUGAUGUACAGCUCCACUCUUGGGGAGACUCGCUGGAGGAGGCCUUUGAGCAGUGUGCCAUGGCAAUGUUUGGGUAUAUGACAGAUACAGAGACGGUGGAGCCCAUUGACACAGUAGAAGUGGAGUCAGAAGGUGAUGACAUGGAAUCUCUUCUCUUCCACUUCCUAGACGACUGGUUAUUCAAAUUCAGUGCAGAUCUUUUCUUCAUUCCCAGAGAGGUUAAAGUUUUGCACAUUGACAGGAUGCACUUCAAAAUCCGCUCCAUUGGGUGGGGAGAAGAGUUCAACUUGGUCAAGCAUCCACAGGGGACAGAAGUGAAGGCCAUCACUUACUCAGCCAUGCAGAUCCAUGACAUCGACAAGCCCGAGAUCUUUGCCAUCAUUGACAUCUGAGGAUACUACUACUGAGAAACGCGUCCAGAAGGGAACAGGACGAAUAGAAACAACCUAUAUGUGCCUGUGUGAUUGAUUUAGGGCAACAGCAUAGGCUUUGAAAAUUUACAUUUGAUUUAGGGCAACAGCAUAGGCGUUAACUGGAUGAGUGAAGUGUAAUAUUUCCUGAAUUUUAAUUGUUUACAGACAGAUAUCCAGAAGAGCAGCAAACAUCAGCAGCAGCAGAGUAACUGCUCAAGAUACAC